CAAACAGUAACACAAGUAGAAAAUCUCAUUGUGGUGGAACACAUUGCAGAGCAUGAUGGAGAAUAUACAGAGAGAUAGAAACAAACUGAUUGCAUGGGCACUGCUGUUCUACCUGGGCUCACAGGUGUCCUGUCAGCAAUGUGGUGGUCCAUGCCAGUGCCAAGACUCUGUACCAUUGUGCCCAGAGGGUGUUCCUCUAAUCCUCGAUGGGUGCCAAUGCUGCCAGGUGUGUGCCCGCCAGCAGGGCGAGUCCUGCAGUGAGGUGUUACUGUGUGACAGUCAGCGUGGCCUCCAAUGUGACUACAGCGCCAGCUUCCCUGGUGAACCAGGAGAUUGUGUCAGUAAGACGGAAUUGGGCUGUGAGUUUGAAGGAGUCUCUUACCAGGAAGGCCAGGUAUUUCAGCCAUCAUGUGCUCUUCAAUGUCACUGCUCGGGUGGAGGGGUGACCUGUGUGCCCCGGUGCAGGGAGGAUGUUUACCUACCUACCCCAGGCUGCCCUCACCCUCGGCGGGUUCUGCCACCCGGAAAGUGCUGUAAGGAGUGGGUGUGUGAAAAUAUGGACAACACAGUGCUUCAGGAUGCUCAAAUUGCUUCAAGACCUGUCCAAUCUUUGCCUGCACACAUUGGACACCAAAUCAGGCCUAGUUCAAACUGCAUAGACCAGAGCUCAGAGUGGAGUGCUUGCUCACAAACCUGUGGGUCUGGGAUAUCCACUCGGGUGUCCAAUCAAAAUCCAGUCUGCCAUCUUGAGAUGCAGAUGCGCUUGUGUAUGGUCCGACCUUGCCAGUCUUUUCCCCUCAGAACUCCAAAUUGGUCAAGGAGGAAAUGUCAACCCAGCUACAGGUCAGCGACCCCUGUGCGGCUUUUUCACCAGGGCUGCUAUAGUACCAAAUUGUACAGACCCCGUUAUUGCGGCCUAUGUACAGACAACCGUUGUUGCACUCCUUACCACACUGGCACAGCACUGGUCACUUUCCGUUGCCCUGGAGGGAGACUGAUCAAUCAAGCUGUCAUGAGCAUCAACUCCUGUGUCUGCCAUUACAACUGCCCCUAUUCAUCUGCAGGGGCAUAUAGAGGAACAGCCUUCUGGGGUUAGACACUCAUAUAAUGACUUGUGACUGAGCCUUGUGUUUUAAUCUUGGAUCUAAUAGCUUCAUACUGGAUGAUCUGGGCUUAACUUAUUGAAUGAUGUCAACAUAUUAAAUUCACAAGGGUCUGACUCAAGAAGACUGAAAAAUCUCUCAGAAACAGAAGUUGAAUAGAAGUAGGCCAUUUGAGAUUUGACAGCAUGGAUGCAAGGGUAACUUCCUAAGACUGGACUGGCCAAUUCUGGUAUUUUUUGUAGCAGUUAAAUAGAUUGCUUAAAGAACUGCAAGAAAUGAUUACAUUUAUGUUUGGAUUUUCCAUAUCGAUUAGGUUUACACAAUUGCAGCUGUUUUUUCUUGGAGUCCAAGAAUACAUUUCUUACACCAUAUAAAAAAUAUUGUCCAAUUACGCUAGAGUAUAUCUGUCAGUCUUUUACAGUUUUGUGCAUAGCUAUGGACCCUUUUCACAUUCCAGGUUUUGAAUGCAGAAAUUAAUAAACUAUCACAGAAUAACAUUAUGUAGCCAUGAAUGAGAGAUUACAACAAAGAAAGUAUAAAGCUCCCUCAGGAGCUGUAUUUGAAAUCCCAUCACAGAAGUGAUUUUUUUCAAUUUAAUUCAAGAGUAACAAUAUGAAUAAUAGUAUUAUAAAAUAUAAUUAAUAUAAAGUAAUUUUAUAAUAUUAUAAAUAAUAUAAAAUAUAAAAACAAUUGGCAUAUCUGAGUGACUCCAGCCAGGUCUCCUAAGCAACCAAAUUGGCCCGGUUGCUAGGAGGGUAGAUUCACAUGGGGUAACCUCCUCGUGUUUGCGAUUAGUGGUUCUCGCUCUCAGUGGGACGCGUGGUUAAUUGUGCAUGGAUCACGGGCAGUAGCAUGGGCCUCCACAUGCUGUGAGUCUCCGCGAUGUCAUGCACAGCGAGUCACGUGAUAAAAUGCACAGAUUAACCAAUCGGAGGCAUUAGAGAAGCGGAGGCAACCGAGACGUGUCCUCCACCACCCGGAUUGAGGUGAGUAACCGUGCCAACAUGAGGACCUACUAAGUAGUGGGAAUUGGGCAUUACAAAUUGGGAGAAAAGGAAAAUAAAAAAUUAAAAAGUUGCUUUUUGAUUUAUGAUUUAAGAUUUGUGCUGCUAAAUAAGAGUCUGUAAAAAGGGUCCAGUGAACAACAACUGUGGCUAUUUAAUAAAUUCCAUUUAUAUUAGCAUUGAUAAAAGUAACAUGAAAAUGUUAUAAUUUAAAACGUGUGUACAGAGAUUAAUGGAAAGGAGGAGGCGAGAACAGGCUUGACAAUAUAAACCAAAAAGACAAACACACACAGGUGUCAGACAGCUGUCCGUAAAUCUCUCUCUCUCUCGCACUGCCGUCUUCGGUCGGCCCUUAUCCCUCUCCAGGGCUAAUUAGCCUGAUUAGGGGCCAGGUGUGCCGAAUCAUGACCCGGCCCACCCUCCGCCCUGCCACAUGCCUCCCUCAUUCUCUCAGGCUGGGGAGCGCCCGGCAAGAUGUUCUGUCCCAUCUGCCGGCAGGUCAUCCCCGUCUACCUGGAUGAGGGAGGGACAAGAGGAGGGAAACAAAAAAACAAUUAUUAGGCAUCUACAUGCCGUAACGGGGAUCGUGCCAAAUUAACAAACAUAAAAAAGAGUGAACGGCCAACAUGGAGCAGUUGGAGAGAGAGAGGAGAGAGAUAAAAAAAACAUUUACUUGUCGGUUCUCCGAUACGUCAUAGCUUGAUCCUCGUCCACUCCUGCACCCUCUAAUGGACGACAGCCAUGCCUCCCCGGGCAGAUCGGAGGCAGUUCUCUGGCCACUGGCGGACUGAACAUCCCGCCAUGUUUUUGGUGGAUGGUAGGGGUCUCUUACGGACAGCUGUCCGUAAAUCUCUCUCUCUGUCGCACUCUCAUCUUCAGUCGGCCCUUAUCCCUCUUGAGGACUAAUUAGCCUAAUUAGGGGCCGGGUGUGCAGAAUCACGACCCGGUCCUACCCUCCGCCCUGCCAAAUAAAUACUUAUGAUAUAUGUAUGUAUGUUUAUAUUAUGCAUCUUUAAUACUGACUCAGAAAUUUUAAGGCUAAUAUUUGUUGUCAAUAGGAAUGUUUUAAGUUGCAUUGCACUGUCAUUUACCACCUCAGAGCCGUGUAGUUAAAAAUAUUAUUUGUCAGAAUGUAUGCAAAAACUUUUAUAUUUAGUUUUUUUGUCUCAAAUUAUGAUGGAAAAUUGUUUCGUGUAUCUUUCUCAUUUUUUGGAUUCUCAUUCCCAGAUAAUAAAUUAAAUGCC